AUGGAGCAUAAUGGAAGAGAUGAGAUCAAGGUAGAGAAUGGAUGUGGUUUCGAGGAUGACCAUGAACAAAAAAGGAGGGAAAAAGAAGAAGGUUUGUCAGUGGAAAGGAUAUUUGAGAACCAAGAAGUGCCAUCAUGGAGGAAUCAGCUGACACUGAGGGCUUUUGUGGUGAGCUUUGUGUUGAGUAUUUUGUUCAGCAUCAUAGUAAUGAAGCUCAAUCUUACAACUGGUGUCAUUCCUUCCCUCAACGUCUCUGCUGGUCUUUUGGGCUUCUUUUUUACCAAGACUUGGACAAAGUUUCUUGAAAAGUCUGGCCUUUUGAAGCAACCCUUUACCAGACAAGAGAAUACUGUUAUCCAGACUUGUGUGGUUGCGUCCUGUGGCGUUGGCUUCAGUGGAGGCUUUGGGACCUAUCUGUUUGGAAUGAGUGAAAUUGUGGCCAAACAAACGACAGAUGAUAGUGGUGCCUUUAAAAAUCCAUCUCUGUCUUGGAUAAUUGGCUUUCUAUUUGUUGUUAGCUUUCUUGGACUCUUUUCAGUGGUGCCUCUCCGAAAGAUCAUGAUUGUAGACUUCAAAUUGACAUAUCCUAGUGGCACUGCAACUGCUCUUCUCAUCAACAGCUUCCACACUCCUGCAGGAGCCAAGCUAGCAAAGAAACAAGUGAGAGUCUUGGGCAAGUUUUUCACAUUCAGUUUCUUGUGGAGUUUCUUCCAAUGGUUCUAUACUGCUGGAGAUGGUUGUGGAUUUGAUAACUUCCCCUCACUUGGGCUUAAAGCAUAUGAAAACCAGUUUUUCUUUGAUUUCUCAUCAACUUAUGUUGGAGUUGGAAUGAUUUGCCCAUACAUCAUAAACAUAUCAGUGUUGCUUGGAGGAAUUCUUUCCUGGGGUCUAAUGUGGCCUCUGAUAGAUACGAAAAAGGGUGAUUGGUUUCCAGCAGACCUCAAACCAAACAGUCUACAUGGCCUCCAAGGUUACAAGGUAUUUAUUGCUAUUGCCUUGACCUUGGGUGACGGUCUGUACAACUUCUUCAAGGUGCUAAGCCAAACACUUGCUGGUUUGUUUUAUCAAUUUCGAAGGAGAUAUGUAAUCAAUGCUCUCCCUAUUGCUGACCGUUCCUCUCCUGAGAGCUCCAGGAUCUCCUAUGAUGACCAACGCCGCACCCAGCUGUUUCUUAAAGAUCAAAUUCCAACAUGGUUUGCUAUUGCGGGCUAUGUCGCAAUUGCUGCCAUCUCCACAGCCACUCUACCACAAAUCUUUCAUGAACUCAAAUGGUAUUACAUAUUGGUUAUCUACAUCUUUGCCCCAAUCCUUGCAUUCUGUAAUGCCUAUGGAUGUGGCCUCACUGAUUGGUCCCUUGCUUCCACCUAUGGGACGCUUGCUAUUUUUUCGAUUGGGGCAUGGGCUGGUUCCUCUCAAGGUGGAGUUAUUGCUGGACUAGCCGCCUGUGGAGUCAUGAUGAAUAUUGUCUCCACAGCCUCUGACCUCACUCAAGAUUUCAAGACUGGUUAUCUGACCUUGUCUUCACCACGAUCCAUGUUCGUGAGCCAACUAAUUGGCACUGCAAUGGGUUGCAUAAUUUCCCCUUGUAUCUUUUGGUUCUUUUUCAAGGCCUUCAAGGAUAUUGGGACUCCUGGAAGUGAAUACCCUGCUCCUUAUGCUGCUGUAUUUCGAAACAUGGCUAUAUUGGGGGUAGAAGGCUUCUCGGCUCUACCAAAGAAUUGCCUCUAUCUUUGUUACGGAUUCUUUGGUGCCGCUAUUCUAAUAAAUUUGAUCAAGGAUUCAUUGAGUAAGAAAUGGGCUAAGUUCAUUCCCAAUCCAAUGGCAAUGGCUAUACCUUUCUAUAUUGGUUCAUACUUUGCCAUCGACAUGUGCGUGGGAAGCUUGAUUCUAUUUAUUUGGGAAAAGAUUGACAAGGCGAAGGCAGAUGCUUUUGGGCCAGCAGUGGCUUCCGGUUUAAUUUGUGGGGAUGGAAUAUGGACUUUGCCUAGUUCAAUACUUGCUCUGGCAGGUGUAAAACCACCCAUUUGCAUGAAGUUUUUGUCAAGGGGAACAAAUAGUAAGGUUGAUGCGUUCUUAGGGUCAUAA